AUGUCGUGCGCCUUUCUCACUUUGACAUGGGGCAAGACUUGUCCAGAUAUUCACUGGCGCUCUCAUAUCGACUACAGGAAAACCCGGAAGCAGCAGAAGGAUCAGGCUUUCGAGCUUGACCGCAGCUUUGCUCUGUCGUUGAUGAGCUUGCCUAUAGCCAUCUCCCGAUCUUGGUUGCAUCGAUCGAUGGCUCACGUGUUGACGAAGGCAAACUCUCGAAUUCGCAAGACGGAUCGAAAUUCCGUUCAGCCACAAAAGCUGUCAUCAUUGCACAUGAGUAACAGCGAGAACGGAGCACGUUGGCUGGAAAAGCACGCGUCGAGCCGAUGGAUCGUCGCUCGCAAAGGCGCCCCGCCGUUCGUUUUGCAACCGAUCUAA